GAGGCAACGACGUAAUUAGGAGGUACCUGAAAGGCUGCGAGGUAUCUCUCUGGCUCCGACAGCAUAUUCAAGCUUCAACACUACACAACACCAAACCAAACUCUCUGCCGGCAAACCACACACCAACCAACGCUCACCAGCAUUCCAUCUCUUCCACAAGAUCCGCGCCGACCGACGACGAAGCCCGAACGCUUUGCGCACCAGCACUCCAACACUCAAGCCUCAUCGUCACGCAGCGAGUGAGAUCCCUGCAUACUACAACAACCUUGCUGGUAGCCCCCUCGUCUUGCCCACCAUGUUGCUGCGGCUACGCGGGCCCGACGGCAUGUUGCGCCUCGAGGUCGACAAAAAGGACAAUUUCUCCAAGCUCUGCGAACAGCUGCUCCCCAAGCUCCCCUCCACCAUCGACCCCUCCACCAUCACCUUCUCCAAUGCGCCCGGCUCACAGGGUGACAAGAAGUUCCUCAAAGACAUUGCGCAGUACCCCGUGGGAGCCAUAGGUCUUAGCCACGGCGACCUCAUCUUUAUAGACUACAAGCAUCAGGGCUCAGAUGUCGCCAACGGCCCCGACGAUGGCGCCGCCCAGAUUGCGUCUUCGACAAACCGCCUGAACGGCAAGCCCGUCCUCCCAACAGAGGACCACCCCAUAGACCCCCUACCCGCACCCGCCUCGCCAACCGCUGAGCGCAUCAAGAACCCCUGGGAGACUGUUCGGCAGUCCGCAUUAGACGACAGGCUCGACAAGAAGGACGGCAAGAUUCCGCGCAAGCGUGACGGCAAAAUGUGUCGCCAUGGGCCCAAGGGCAUGUGCGACUACUGCCAGCCCCUCGACCCUUUUAACGCCAGCUACAUGGCCGACAAGAAAAUCAAGUACCUGUCGAUGCACUCGCACCUGCGCAAGAUCAACGCGGCCACCAACAAGCCCGAGCUAGGAAGCUCCUUCAUCCCACCCCUCGCCGAGCCCUACUACCGCGUCAAGCGCGACUGUCCAUCAGGCCACCCGCAGUGGCCCGAGGGCAUCUGCACUAAGUGCCAGCCCAGCGCCAUCAUCCUGCAACCCCAGACCUUCCGCAUGGUCGACCAUGUCGAGUUCGCCUCGCCGCCCAUCGUGGAUACCUUUAUCAACGCAUGGCGUGUGUCGGGUGGCCAGCGCUUCGGAAUUCUCUACGGCAAGUAUACAGAGUACGACGUGGUACCCCUAGGUAUAAAGGCGGUUGUAGAGGCCAUCUACGAGCCACCCCAGGUCUGCGAGACGGACGGUGUCUCGUUGAACCCCUGGGACAAUGAGAAGGACGUCCACGAGGUGGCACGAUUUUGCGGCCUGGAGCCCGUCGGCGCCGUCUGGACCGACCUUGUCGAUGCGGGCGCUGGUGACGGCUCCGUCAUCUGCAAGCGGCACGCCGACUCUUACUACCUCUCGUCGCUUGAGGUCUGCUUCGCCGCGCGCAUGCAAGCGCAACACCCCAAGUCGAGCAAAUGGAGCGACACGGGCCGCUUCGGCUCCAACUUCAUCACCUGCGUCAUAUCUGGUAACGAGCAGGGCGAGAUCUCCAUCUCAGCUUACCAGGUGUCCAACGACGCGGUCGAGAUGGUGCGGGCCGACAUUGUCGAACCGUCGGCCGAUCCGAACGUCAUGCUGGUGCGGGAAGAGGAGGAGGACGACGGAUCCCAGAGCAGGACCCGGUACAUACCCGAGGUCUUCUACCGCAGGAUAAACGAGUACGGCGCCAACGUGCAAGAGAACGCAAAGCCCUCGUUCCCGGUCGAGUACCUAUACGUCACCCUUACCCAUGGCUUCCCGGACGCGGCCAAGCCCAUCUUCACUGAUUCGGGCUUCCCCAUCGAGAAUCGCGAGUACAUGGGCGAGAGUCAGGAGCACUCAUCGGCAUCCAAAGCCCUCAAGGUCCACCAAAAAGCCGAUACAGGAGGCCUCCAGGUCUCCGACUUCCACCUUCUCUGCUUCCUGCACCAGAUGGGAGUCUUGUCUAAGGAUGAAGAGAACCUGCUCUGCCGUGUGGCCACGCAGCGCGACCUGGCCGAUGCAUUCCAAUUGCGCAGCACAACCGGCUGGCAGACGCUGCUGGCUAUUCUGCAAUCGACUGGCUAAACGCAAAUGGCGAUCGGGACCGCCCCGACGCGCACGGCGUCUAGCACAGUUCAGACCGCACGCCCCCAUGCCGGUGCGCUUACGCGCUUGCCUGCUAAGAGUAAGGAGGAGGUAUCGAUUCCGGGGUUGAUCAGGGGCUGUGUGAAAUAAUCUCUAGAGCGGUACAAUAAACGGCGGCGCGAGUUCUGAGCAGGCGUUUUGGCUGCCUUUUGGCUUGGUGGCGAUGAGGCGUGGGGAUCCGGCAUACGACCCGGCAAAAAGGAAGGAAACCACGAAAGUUUAGGAGUAAAGGACCAUCGCUUCCUUGCCCCCUUGUACCACGCCAUCUCACAAGUUCAGUAUCUCUGAAUACUAACGGGCUCCAACGGAGGAGGUAAAAACCCCCAGAUCAACGCCUUUUCUGCUCGGUCGUCAUCUUCCAUAAUCUUCGACUUUAGGUUGAGCGCAAUGAAAUGGCCAAUAUCCAACAGCAAAAGUAGUCCUCAAUCAAUGCAUUCUAGAGUUUAGCU